CCCGCGGACCCAUCAGCGUGCGCCUCGCCGUGCGUUCUAGCAACGCCGCUGCGUCACGACCAGAAACGACGUGUGAGCCCAACACAGCACGGCAUCGCACCUCCGCCGGCAACCGCAUACAAUCUCGUCCGCGAAACCGGGUCGGGGAUGCUCAUGCGGAGCGAGUUGCGACGGAACCAUUUCUCAUAACCAUCGCCCGGCGCCUCGGACGUGUGCAUAAUCCCUGCCCGGGGCUGCGCCUGAUCUUCUCUUUCCGUUCUGUCUGGUUCUGCAGCUGGUCUCCCUCUUGUCUUUCUGCCCCGAUGUCCUCGACGACGCCCUCCCCGUCCUCGUCCCUCCCGCCGAGCCAGGCCUCGGGGUUCCCAGGAGGCUCGCAGUUUCCUGGAGGCCAGAAUGGCCAGAACGGCCAGCAGAGCCCUCCUGGCGCGCCCCUGACGUCAUCAGCGUCGCUGUACUUAUACACAUUUCUGGCCACGCUCGUCCUCCUCUUGGUCGUAUCUGCCACUAUCAUCGCCCGGUCAUAUGUCAUCCGACGGCGACACCGCGCCCUCAUCGCGGAGGCUAUUGCGAACGGGACGUAUGUCCCGCCUGUCAGAGUCCGCGUCGGGAGGAAACCGAAGAUGUAUGAAGUCCAUUUGGUCAAGGAGGUGGAGGAUGAGGUUGUCCGGGUAGGGGAGAAGGGGGAAGGCAGGCCCUCCCUCAUCGAGAAGGAGAAGAGGAGAGCGGUGUUCUGGGAUGGGCUUGUGGUGGAGUGGAACAGGAUGUUGCCCGUAUCGUGCAGGUUGUUAAGACCUCCACGACCACUACCCGACACUACUAUACCCACGCCCCCUUCACCUGCAUCCCAACCUACUUCCCGUUUCUGGCGAUGGCGCCUUCCCGGCAGGGGACACCGACAAACCCCAUCUCCCUCGCCCUCAACUACCCCUUCGCCACCCCCCACAUCACAUCCGGUCGCCCCUCGACCAUCGGCAGACCCCCGACCCUCCUCCACCACGAUGCGCGUGCUCAGCCCCGACCCCUCGGAGAAAUUCGCACGCACCCCAACACCAACGUCUUCACCCUCCCCACUAUCCGCCGACGAGCACGUACGCGUCGCGGUGCUCAUCAGCAUGCCGUUCGCGAUGUCGAUGGCGGCCAAGAAGGCGAGCGAGUACGGCCACGCUGCGCCUGAGCUGCCAUAUAUGGAGUUCGGCGUGUGUGCGGUCCCGCUCGAGCGACCCUUUGAGUCGGAGUCGCAUACGGAGCCGCCAGCAGCGGCUUCAAAUCCCGCUGCUGGGGAGGGGGCGGCCACGGGCACUUCUGGGCCGUUGUAGGGCACGGUGGGCAGCGCGCGGACAUGGGUUUUGGGCCUUACGACUUUUACGAAAGGUAGCUGUUGUAAUAUAUGGGCAUUUGAUUGACC